GUAUGAGCCUUCCUGUUUUACUCAUUGCUAAUGUUCUAUCUCUACUUGGAACAACAAGACCACAAAAGUGUUAUAAAAUGUUGUGAAUAUUCUCGGUUGGGCAUCAUUGUGCACAGGAAACCUGGCUUCACGUUGAUGUUGAGGAUUUACUUGUGGAACUUGACGGAUUUAAUUCUUUUCGUGUUGACCGCCAAUGUACCCAGAGGAACUGAGGUGGCGGCGUUAUCAUUUACAUGCAUUCUUCGUAAUGCACCUCGAUUAAAAGCAUUUUUCAAUACAGCUCGCAGUGCAUCAGCCAUCUAAUCGUGAAAUGCAAACCAGUACUGCUGAACGGUUAUCAUUCGAUUUUAUUGUUUGCUGUCUAAGCUACGAAGUCGAAGAAUUUUACGAUGGAUUUACAGCUGCGGUCCC